AUGGGGUGUUGGGAACCUUGGGUUGGUUUUGUUCAAAGAGGACGAAAUCUAUGGCUUGUUUCUUUUGGUUUUUUUUUUUUUUACAUUGCUUCGUUUCUACAUCUUAGACAUUUGGCUGCACAAAAAAAUGCGAGGAAGCCUUGA